AUGGCAGGAGACAGACGAUGGGUCACCAUCGUUCAGGAGAUCGCCAUAGCGGCAGCCGCUCCCAUCAUGGCCUUCUUCAUCAUGCGAAAUCUACUGGCGCGAAUGGAUCCUGAAGCUGGCGCCAAAUCCGAGGCUGAAAAGAAGGCUUCGGCGGCUGCCUCUCGUUUGUCAUCCAUCUUCGCCAGCUCUCCCGACGAUGACUUCGACGACGAGGACUAUGACCAAAAGUUGGAAUGGGAGAAGCGCACAGCGAAUUUGACCCUCACACCUUACGAACAGACCAUCGCUAUGGAAGUUGUGUCUCCCUGGGAGAUUCCCGUCUCAUUUAACGAUAUUGGUGGACUGGACGACAUUAUCGAGGAACUGCGCGAAGCCGUCAUCUACCCUCUCACCAUGCCUCACCUCUACUCUGCUACUAGCUCCCUUCUCUCUGCUCCUUCUGGUGUUCUACUCUACGGUCCUCCUGGUUGCGGAAAGACCAUGCUCGCAAAGGCUCUGGCUCACGAGAGUGGUGCCUGCUUCAUCAACUUACACAUCUCUACUCUGACCGAGAAAUGGUACGGCGACAGCAACAAGCUCGUUUCUGCUGUCUUCAGUCUUGCCAGAAAACUUCAACCUGCUAUCGUCUUUAUUGAUGAGAUUGAUGCUGUUUUGGGUCAAAGACGUAGCGGCGAACACGAAGCCAGCGGUAUGGUCAAAGCAGAAUUUAUGACACAAUGGGACGGUCUUACAUCCGCAAACUCUCUGGGCGAGGCUCAACGGAUCUGUGUGCUAGGAGCAACCAACCGCAUCCAGGACAUCGAUGAAGCUAUUCUCCGCCGCCUGCCCAAGAAGUUCCCCGUCUCUCUUCCCUCGGCCUCUCAACGCCGUUCCAUCUUCUCUCUCACUCUCAAAAAUACUCGCCUCUCUCCUCAGUUCGACCUUGAAACUUUGGUCAAGGUUAGCGCAGGCAUGUCUGGUAGCGACAUCAAGGAAGCCUGCAGAGAUGCUGCCAUGGUGCCCGUCAGAGAAUACAUCCGCGAAGCCAAGUCUCGUGGUGCAAAUAUGAAAGGCGUCAAGGCUGAAGAUGUCAGGGGCCUACACACCGAUGACUUCUUCGGCAGGAAAGGUGGCGCAUUACAAAUGAGGCGGCAGCCCGAAGUCGACGAGUGGGAAGACUCCAGAGCCAGCCCAGAGACCAUGUCGGAAACUGAUGAUGACCCGCAAACUUCGGUGCCGGCAUGA